AUGGCGAAGCUCAGGGUGGCUUACGAGUACACGGAAGCCGAAGACAAGAGCAUCCGGCUCGGCUUGUUCCUCAUCAUCUCCGGCGUCGUGUCGCUCUUCAUCUUCGGCUUCUGCUGGCUCAGUCCCGCCUUGCAGGAUCUGCAAGCCACGGCGGCCAACUGCACGGUGCUGUCGGUGCAGCAGAUCGGAGAGGUGUUCGAGUGCACCUUCACCUGUGGCACCGACUGCAGGGGCACCUCGCAGUACCCCUGCGUCCAGGUAUACGUGAACAACUCCGAGUCCAACUCCAGGGCGCUGCUACACAGCGACCAGCACCAGCUCCUGACCAACCCCAAGUGCUCCUAUAUCCCGCCCUGUAAGAGAGAAAACCAGAAGAAUUUGGAAAGUGUCAUGAACUGGCAACAGUAUUGGAAAGAUGAGAUCGGCUCCCAGCCAUUUACUUGCUAUUUCAAUCAACAUCAAAGACCAGAGGACGUCCUCCUACGCCGCACGCAUGAUGACAUCGUCCUCCUGCACUGCUUCCUCUGGCCAGUGGUGACAUUUGUGGUGGGCGUGCUCAUUGUGGUCCUGACCAUUUGUGCCAAGAGCCUGGCGGUCAAGGCAGAAGCCAUGAAGAAGCGCAAGUUCUCCUAA